AUGAGUGGCACUACUGAAAAUCUUGGCAAGACAAGCAAUACCCUCUAUCUUCAUGUGGGACCAAGCGGGGACUGCUGGACAGGAGAUUCUAUUUUUGCGGCCAAGCACCUGCAGCCAGAUUAUGUCAAAUCCAUUCCUCUUCCUGUGAAUAAUAACGUGACGGAUGAGGAUGGUUUGCAGCAGCAAAAAAUUGACUGUCUGCUAGAAGUUUUGGAAGAUGAUCAGGACUUGACAGCGAGUAUCUAUGAUACGGAGAGCAUUCCAUCAGAACUGUUGGAGCGCAUUUUUUGA